GCGGGAGGGACCAUGGCGGCGCUGAGGGAGGCGCUGAGGGCGGCGGUGGCCGCGCUGCUGCUGCUGGGCUGGGGCGCCCACGGGCUCUACUUCCACAUCGGCGAGACCGAGAAGCGCUGCUUCAUCGAGGAGAUCCCCGACGAGACCAUGGUCAUGGGGAAUUACCGGACGCAGCUGUGGGACAAACAGUCGGAAUCGUUCCUGCCCUCCACCCCCGGGCUGGGCAUGCACGUGGAGAUCAAGGACCCCGACGGAAAGGUGGUCCUGUCCCGGCAGUACGGCUCCGACGGCCGCUUCACCUUCACGUCCCACACGCCGGGCGAGCACCAGAUCUGCCUGCACUCCAACUCCACCCGCAUGGCGCUGUUCGCCGGGGGCAAGCUGAGGGUACACCUGGACAUCCAGGUGGGCGAGCACACCAACAACUACCCCGAGAUCGCCGCCAACGACAAGCUGACGGAGCUGCAGCUGCGCGCCCGGCAGCUGCUGGACCAGGUGGAGCAGAUCCAGAAGGAGCAGAACUACCAGAGGGUGAGGGGUUUGGGGUGA